ACAGGCACUUACAAGCUACUAUUAUAGAGCAGAAGACACUACGGCAAGCAAACGCCCGCUAUGUCGACACACACGCCUACAGAGCAACAGAAUCCAACCCAGCCCUCGAUAGGUAAUCAAUAUGACUCAAUCCCUCUGCAGAUGUAUGUGCCUCGCCUGGAGUUCGUCUACCGACUGAAGUGCGAGAUGGCUUCCGAGAACGAUUAUGUUGGAGCACCGUUCGAUGGAAGCAACGUACGAGUUGUCAUGCCAAUCAUCGGUGGUACCGUAAAAGGCCCGCGAAUAUCCGGCAUCAUCCAACACCGAAGCGGCGCAGACUGGGGACAGUCGAACAAGGGAUCAAACUUCACGCGCCUCGAUGCCCGCUACACACUCAAGACCGAAGACAACCACUGCAUUUACGUGCAAUCUAAAGGCAUCUUCUCGCCACACCGGGCGGACUACUUCGCUAAAGGCCCCCCCACCUCCAUGUCACAGAAGGAUGUCGAUUGGUUCACCCGACUGGAGUUCGAAACAGGACCUGGCCCUUAUGGCUGGAUGAAUGGGAUAUUUGCCAUCGGCGUCCUUAGCAUGCACGAGCAGCGUAUUAUCAUUGACGCGUACGCCGUUACCAACAGCACGACGGGCGCAGGACCAGAAGAGGCCCCCAAAGUAGACUAG